GAAAAAAAGUUGGCAACCCUGUUUGCACGUGCUUCAAAAGCUUCAAAGCCUUGAAGCAGAUUAUAAAGUUGCUCUUAUUCUUUUAACUGUUUGAAUGGUUAAAAACAAUUUCAAUUAUUGGCCUAACUAACCUCAAGUAGUGUGCAACAUAAAUGGACGAGACGGCCGCUUUGGAUCAAGGCAAAAACUAUGCCAAAAACAGAAACAAAAAACGUAAAUCAGCCAAUCGUCGUUUCCUGCAAAACGCCAAAGGAUUCGGUAGGAAGAAUAGCUUUGGCCGGGGUGCUGAAUUGGAGCAGGAAGAGUACAACUAUUUCGUAGAAAUAUUGGAAGCCAUGAAUGGCUUCGGCCACGAUACGGAUCCAGAAGAGUUGGGUACCAUGGCUAACAACGUAUACGGCCAGAUCGAGGGCAAAGAGAUACGAGCAUCGUCCAAUCAGUUGAGCAGCCGGGUCCUCGAGAAUCUGCUGGGAUAUACGGAUGAAGAAACCUUGGAGCGGUUGAUGGAGGUGUUCGGCGAGAACUUCCGCGUUGUUUGCUGUGAUAAGUUUGCUUCACACGUGCUCCAAAAGUUACUACUGAUUGCGGUGAUGCGAUUUGUUGCCGAACUACAACCAGAAUCCGUGGAACUGGACAGCCCUAGUGCUAGUAAGAAGGCUAAAUCCGGAAUCGUUCGGGAAUUGGACUAUAAUCUGAAAGCCGCGUUCGGCGAGGGUCAUCGUAAAAUCUGCGGCAAAUUUGUGAAGAAAGUUGCCAUGUUUCUGUUAAACAACUUGGAGGAGUUCGUUUGGGAUUCGUUUGGGAAUUAUGUCAUUCGACAGUGUGUUCUCAAUCUUGCCGGAAUCGCAGAAAUAAAAAUGGGAAAAGGAGAAACGAGCGAAACCAAACGCUUGACGGUUCCUGAUAAAUGGGCAAAACUGAUUAACGAAUUCAGCUCACGAUUAUUGGUUUGGCCACAGUUCAACGAACUGCCAGACAAUGAAUUUACUUCAGUGUUGCUUCAAAAUUUGCUUAUGGCUUUGGAACAAGGGCAGGACCAGUUUCAACUUCGUCAAAUCGGCGAUAAGCUCUUGAAUGAUAGUUUUGUUCUCAAGGUAGACAACGACGAAGAAGACAUGGAAAAAGCGGAGGAUAUUUUAAAUUUACCAAAAGUCUUCCAUCAAGACAGCUCUAUACGGUUGCUGGAGGUCCUCUUAUCGGUCGCAGAGCCCGAUUACCUGAAGGAGCAUAUUUACAAAAAACUUUUCUUGGGAAAUGUGGUCCUGCUCAGUCGUCUGCGAUCCACGAACUUCUCCGUUCAAAAACUGUUAGACAAUUUAGCAGACAAACAUAUAUUGGAGAAAGUUCUUUCUGAGCUUGAAACAGAAUUCGAGGAAAUUUUACAAAACGGCCACACAGGAAUAGUAGCAUCCUUGGCAAAAGCUUGUGCCCGAUUGUCUUGUCAGCAGGGAAAGUUCAUCAAACUUUUACUAGACGCUCUCCAUUGUUCCGAAACAUCCGGCGAAAAACUUUUAAAUGCUGUUCUAAAACUAAUGCCUACAGAGGUUUUGAACAAACAGGAAUCCGCACAGAUUCAUAUACAUGGCUCGCUCAUUGUGCAAGCGAUUCUUGAUUUCAAUAAACCUAUAAAAUUGGUAACAGCUAUCUUAGAAACAAAAAACGUUGCCUUAGCUAAAAUUUUCACGGACCCGAAAGGCUCGUUCGUCGUUAACGCUUACGUUGGCUCCAAGUUUGUUGGAGAAAAAUCGCGCGAAAAGCUUAUUCGUCACUUGGAAGGCUGCUAUAUGGAUCUGGCCCUGUCCUCACACGGAUCACGAGCUCUGGAGCUGCUGUACGAAUCAGCCAGCUUAGCGCAGAAGGAAGCUCUGGUGAAGGAACUGUCCGAUCGGGUAGCCCAGCUGAACAGCAAACCAUGGGGUGCGAUCAUCAAUCGAAAACUUCAGGUCGAGACGUAUAGGAGGAAUCCUACCCAGUGGAAAAGUGGUCUUAAAAUUGCCGGAGAACUUAUCGAUAAGCUAACCGAAGGAGGAAGUCGGAAACGUAAAUAAACUUGAACGAAAGUAAAUAAUUCAAUUUGUUUUUCUUGUCUUCUAUACCGUAAAAUGGGGCUUUUCUUCAGGCUGUUUCAGACUUUCCGGUUUUUUCCGGUGUAUUCUUCAAAGUGCUGCUUUUCACUGUCUCGUGAAUUUUCGAUCCCUGUCACCUGCGUAAUCGAAUCAAAAUAAGUCAGUACGUUGGAAGAGGCGACCAGCAAAAAUCAAAAUAGGUUCUUACGUUUUGUAAUAAACGUGGACGGGCAACGACCACAUGUGCAUUUUCGCUGCUUUUCUUGAAUCUGCUUGAUGUGGCAUCUUAUUUCCGACGAGGUCGUCAUUCUAACGCCACGGUAAGGACACACCAUCUGCUUAAUCCCAUUGUGGCGCCACAUGUGCUCUUUGAAAUUGAAGUCGGAUUUGAACUUUUUGGCGCACAGUUUGCAUUGGAUAGGUAAACUGUAGCGGUUAUGAACAUACGCGUGUCGUUUGAGGGUACCAUUGGAGGCGAACGUUUUCCCACAGAUGUCGCAGUAACAUGUAAAUAAAAACGUGGACUGUUUUCGUUAGUGGAGAUGGAUAUAUUCUAUUUUGAAAGAAAGCAUGAGACAAAAGUUAAGAUAAAAAUUCUUCAAAUUUAAAGAAACUUAUGGAAGCUGGCAUCAAGUGAAGAUGAAAGAUAAGGAACAAGCGAGU